AUGUCAAAAGCUGCGUUGGACCAGUUCACUAAAUGUCUUGCGUUGGAAAUGGCACCGCAUGGAGUUCGCGUUAAUGCCGUGAAUCCCGGAGUCAUUGUUACAAAUGUACACAAAAGAGCUGGAAUGGAUGAUGAAAGCUACGAAAAGUUCCUUGAGAAAGGAAAGGCUACACAUGCCCUAGGCCGUGUCGGGGAAGCAUCAGAAGUAGCAGAGGCUGUUUUUUUCCUGGCUUCGGAAAAAAGUUCCUUCACUACUGGUGAACUAUUGAGAGUUGACGGUGGCAGGGGAAUAAUGCAUCCUCGCUAA